AUGCAGGUCAACCUUGCCCCCGUCCUCAAUCCUCUCAAGGGCUUCGUCAACUUCGUCGCCAACACCGACGCCCCCGUCGACGACGAUGGCGCGCCCAAGCACGUUAACAUCAUCACCUGCAAAAUCAACGAAAUUGAGCAGUUCGCUAUCCGCGGUCCUGGCUUCACCCCCGCAGACAUUCCUGCCUACCUCAAUGCACUCAAAAACAUGAACGGGCCCGGCAUCAACGACCGCGACUUCCUCCUCGAGCGCAUCCUCACUCUCAUGGCCCGCGCACCGGAUGACAAUGCCGCUGCUAAAAGUAUCCAGCAGAUUGCUAUUGACGUCUUGUACAAGGACCUACCCCAUCCCCCCAGCGGUUAUCUCACCCUCCCCACCACCGUCCCCCCCACCAGCCCUGCGCCUCUCUCGGGCAUCAAGUAUGCCUUCCGCUCCGCCAACGGCUCAAACUACAACGUCCUCCAACCAUCCCUUGGCAUGGCUGGCUCCCCCUACGCCCGCUCCGUCCCCUCCACAAACCCUGUGCCCCCGUGCUACCUUCCCGACCCCGAUCUUGUAUUCGACACCCUCCUCAAGCGCGAUUCCUUCGAGCCGCACCCCGGCGGUAUCUCCAGCCUCUUUUUCGCGUUUGCAGACCUCGUCAUCCACAGUAUUUUCAGCACCGAUCCUGCAGACUGGACUCGCAACAACGUCAGUUCUUACCUCGAUCUUUCUCCCCUCUAUGGGAGCAGCCAGGAGCAGGUUGACUCUGUGCGCAGGAAGGAUGGUACAGGCCGCCUCUGGGAGGACGUAUUUGCCGAUGGCAGACUCCUGUUCAUGCCCCCCUCCGUCGGCGCCCUCCUUGUCCUCUUCUGCCGAAACCAUAACUUCGUCGCUGAGCGCAUCCUCGCGAUAAACGAGUUCGGCGCAUACAAAAAGCCAGACUCGCUCGACCCCGUUCGCCGCGCGGCGCAGGACGAGGAGAUCUUCCAACGCACCCGCCUCGUCAACGCCGGAUUUUUCAUGCAGGUCAUCCUCGGCGACUACGUCGGCGCUAUCCUCGGCCUCACUCGCGACGGCCUCGAAUGGCGCCUCAAUCCCCUCGAGACGAUGCGUGAGAUCGGGCACGAGUUCGCGCCACAGGGCGAGGGCAACGUCGUCUCGCUCGAGUUCAACCUUCUCUACCGCUGGCACGCCACCAGCUCCGAGGGCGACACCCGUUGGCUAGAGGGCCUCUUUUCACGCGUCUUUGCCGGCGCCCCAGACGGCCAGGUCCGCCCCGCCGCGUUCAAAAAUGCGGUCACCAGCCUCGUCGUCGACCGCCCCCAGGACGUGCGCCAGUGGCGCAUUGACAACCUCACGCGUGGCCCCGACGGGCGGUACAACGACGCCGACCUUGCGAAGAUCUUGCAUGACGCAACGGAGGCCCCCGCGUGCGCCUUUGGCGCGCGCCGCACCCCGGAGGUCUUCCGCGUCAUCGAAGUUCUCGCGAUGCAGCAGGCGCGGACAUGGGGCGCAUGUUCGUUGAACGAGUUCAGGAAGUUCAUGGGCCUCAAGCCAUACAGCGACUUCAAGGAGUGGAACCCAGAUCCAAAAAUCUACAAAGCUGCCGAGGCGCUGUACCACGACAUCAACCAUCUCGAGCUGCACGUCGGCCUGCAGGCCGAGGAGACCAAGUGGCCGAUGCCCGGCGCGGGCCUGUGCCCCGGGUUCACCAUCUCGCGUGCCAUCCUCGCAGACGCGGUCUGCCUCACGCGCGGAGACCGCUUCCUGACCGUCGACUUUACGCCGUUCAACCUGACCUCAUGGGGCUACGAGGACUGCAUGUACAAGAAGAACGACGGCUCGCUUGGGGGAAUCCUGCCCAAGCUCCUCUUCCGUACCCUCCCCGCCUUCUACCCAGAGCGCUCCGCAUACGCCUGGUUCCCAUUCAUGGUCCCGAACACGAUGCGUGGGUAUCUCCAGCGUCUUCCGAAGCACUCGGCGGACGAAUAUACGUGGGCACGUCCCGCGCCCACGCCCGCACCGGUCCCCCAGGUGACACUGGCAGCGUUUGCGACCAACAGCGCGGGCGCGAAUAAUGGAAACGGGGUAGGAAACGGGACGAGCAACGGCCACGCGGCGGCGACGAGCGAGCAAAGGCUGAAGGACAUCCUCGGCGACGUGGUGCCUGACCGAGCAACGGUCGCGCGUGUCCUUGACAACGACACGGUCGCGCAGAAUUGGGCGCAGAGCCUGGCGCGCGGCGCGCAGGCGCUCGUGGCGAGCAAGUCCGUCGUACACGUCGGGACAAGUGGGAGGUACCUCAACGUGGUGAAGCACCUCACGAGCCUACUACCGGCCCUCUGGCUCGCGGACAAUGUCAUCGGGCUGUCCGUGAAGUCUGACAAGAACCCGCACGGUGAGUACCAGGGGCAGGAUCUGGUCGAGAUGUGUGCCGACCUAGCGAGCUAUGUGUUCUUGGAUAUCCCGCCCGGAGACGAGUUCAUCCUGCGCGGUCGCGCAUCCAAAGCCGCGCAGGUCGUCAUCAAGGCGAUCAAGGGCCACCUCGCCGCGCUGAGCGGCGUCUCUUUGUCUGGGCUCACGGACUCGGCCUUCAAGCGCAUCUUCGGCGAGAACGAGCACAGCGGUACAUUUUUGACGGCACUCUUGAAUGCGGCGGGGCCCGGGAGGUCGCAUGACGCGCUCGCUGCGGGACUCGUCGCUGAGCUGGUAGACACCGCGGCGCUUUACUCCAGAGCCCUGGCUGAAGUGAUCGACUACUACCUCGAUGCAACUAGGCAGGAGCAGUUCACCCGCCUUGCUUCAAGCACGGCGCAAGCAGACGCGGCUGAAUUGGUCCGGGCUAUCCACGUCGCUCUUGACUCCCAGGCCGCCGUGCACGCCGCAUCGGCGCCCAGCAUCUACUCUUCAGCGCAGACUGGGUUCCUGCGUCCUGAGCUGUUUGACUUAACAAUGUGCCGGGUCAUCCAAGUCGUUUUCAGUUUGAGCGGCCUACAGCGAUCAGCAGGACCCGCAGGUCGCCUCAAUCAGUUCGUCGAGCCCCAGGCAGAUGGUUCGUUGCAGUACCUGUACCUCAGCCCCAAGGGCCGAGUGACGUCUUGGCCGGUUUCAAUGAUUGUACAGUACAACGAUAUUGUGAACAAGGCAUAA